UGAGCACCUUGUCUUUAUUUCGCAAAGCCGCGAGAAAUAAGGCAACGCAGGCAACCAACGUCCUUAGAGAAAUGAGUCAGUUUUUCCUGAAUGCAAUAAGCGCCGCAUGCGUGCGUUUUGGAGAGGGGUGGCAACCAUGAGUUUAGGUUUAAAGCUGAACUGCUUUUGAUAUUACUGCUAUUUCCUUUUUCGUUCUUUUCUUAGGAGGUGAUGGCUUCUGAAGCAAUUGGCGAUCCAUCAUGAACAUCGUUUCUUGGCGUGACGCAACCUAUCAGACGCAAAUUUAUUGCGUUACCGUGGCCUUGCCUGUAAUUCACCGAUAGAAAAAGAUCCCGUGGCCCGUGUAGUGCGGCAUGCAAGCGCUUGGAACACUGUGAAAACUCUUCGUUCGCGCCCAGUUUGAAGCUCAUCCAUUCGUGAAUUCACUAUAGAGAGGCAGCGACAUGGGGAGCAGCCCGGGCACCCGUGCCUGCUACGCGGCGGCCGGCAUCUUCACGCUGUCGGGCUUCCUGCUGUCGGGAGCCAGCGUUGCCAUCGUCAUGAUGAUCGUGCGCGACGACAAACUGGACGAGCAGCUCUGGACGGCCGCUGUGCUCGUGGUGGGCGUCAGCUUCGGCGUGCUCUGCCUCGGCAUCCUGGUGUGCGCCUGCGCCAUGUGCAAGCGCAUGGCCGCCAGCCAGGCGGCGUUGGACAAGGCCGAGGCCGUGCGCGAGCAGGGUGCCAAGCGCCGGUUGUCGCCGGCCGCCUUCCCGGCCGGACACGUGGCCGCCGUGCGCGUCUGGAGCACCGCCGGUUCGCUGGACCCGCUGCUGCCUGGUCAGGUCGCGGCCGCCGAGAGCCCCUCCGAGGCCGAAGACGACGAGCAGCCCCGCGAGGAUGCCGCCUAGGCUACGCUGCCGUGGACGUGCAACAUGCAGGGCUCGAGACCCGGUGGUGGCGACGGCAAACCGUUCCCGACACGCCAAGGAACAGUCCGUGUGUCUUAACUGAAAAGUGCGAAUCGGCAUUUUCUUAUGUGCUGCUUCGGCGUGCGCGAAGCUGCCUCCCCGCGCCGUCACAGGCUUCGUAUAGCGGUGGUUCGAGAUACUGCUGCCAUGACCUUCAGCGUUUAAACCACUGCUCUAGGUCCUUUUUAAGAAUGGGGAAGUUAAUAGAGACCUAAGGGGCGGCGGCUCUUGAAUUUUAUCUGUGAGGGGGCCUUCUCCAUCGGUAUCCCUCAUUAAAACUUGAACAAGAUUUGUGAAGGCUUUCCGAGUCAAAAAGAAAAAAAGAAACAACGAUUAUGAGGGCUUCUUAUGUCCACUUAUUUGUGCUUGUUCGUGUGUUAUGAGCACAGCACUCGUUUUUUGGGCCAAAAGUAGCAGCUUCGAUGUAGCAGUCAGCAGUUCAACUCCCGGAAGCCCAAUAGUUCAAGAGGGAAAGAGUCACCCCGGGCAUCAUUCAACAGCAGGCGAAAGGUCUGUCUGUAGUCACCCAGUUCGCAUGUACAGACUCAUACAUCGCAAAGUUGGACGCACUCUGCUUCCCGCACUAAAUUCAUCAGCGCUCAUAGAGCAUAGCAAAGUCCCAUAGCUGACGCCGUUUACAGUUUCAAAGCAUCGACCAUAGCUGAGCAGUAAGUGUAAGGCUCCGUAUAUGAAGGUUUGGAGAUCCGAAAAUUCUGUGCGUGGCUGCAAAAGCCAUACCUUAACAUUGGUAAUAAUACAUGAACACGCUAAUUAAAAUUGUAACCCCGACUGAUGAACCCGAUUCUCUGAAAUGGCUACUGAAACGUACAGAUCAGGACGUUGUGUUUAGUACUUUUCUGGAACUAACAAGUAAACGAGUGCGUGCCAAAGAACAAAAGCGCGCUGCUUCUGCAAGCGCCGUCGUGUAUACUGAGUUCGUGUAGUUGCGUGUGAGCACGACCCUUACGCAGCUACCACGAGCGGGUUAGAACUUUUCUGAUGAAACACGAUCAUUUCCACAAUUCGAUUAUUAUUGCCAGAAAAAAAUUAUGUCUAUUUGCAUUGGAGAUAGCAAUAGAAAAACAGGAAUACCAACUGGAUUAAUCUGACAGUGUUCCAGUGAUAGCUAAGCAUUGGUACGUUUACGGUCGCUAUUGCAUUCGUGCGCUCGUCGUCUUGGCAUAGAACAAGUGAAGUCAGAGGUGACAGCUAUGGGACAAGGAGAGCCUUAUCGAAUGUUGCAAUCUUUAACACUGCAGAGCAGAGCCAUGGAAACUUACGGCGGUGCCAAAUGAUGCCACAAGUCAGGCGAUAAAAGGAUGGGGAACAUAUCGUCACCCACCCCCAACACUAGUCCUCAGUGAGUAGGACAAGAUGCCACUUGCUGAGCACGCGGAGUCAUUGGGCUGCGUACGUGCACUUUAGUUUUUACACAUAGAGCGAGGCCACUUUGAGGCAAGCGUGACACACAUUGUACAGGCUGAUAUCACGCACCCCCUCAUCAACGUCAAAUGGUUGUGGCUAAAACUAGCCUAACAUAACUCUCCUCAUCACUUCGAAAGCGAGAUCAUGUGUCAUGCAUGCAUUGUGGUAAAGCAUUUAUAUUCUCACGCACUAUAACUGCCGCGUGAAAAAAAAACAUUAUUAAGGUAUCACAGUGUUUUGGCCCAACAAGCUCUUUUUUUUUUCUACAAGGCUUGAAUACGUAGAGAUGAACCUCAUUGGUUCACGAAUAAUUAUACUUGCAAGAACCAAAAUCUUAAUGAACCAACCUAUCUUUGCAGCUGGCAAGAAGGGGAACUUGCACAAAAAAACUAUCCAUACACCAUCCGAGCCUUGUAGUUGCUGUUUCUUCAGCGUGAUGAACAACUAUUGGAAAUAAAACUUCCCGCAAGAUCAGUGCAAAUUGUCGACAGAACUGAUACUUUUGGCAGCCGAAAUAGCGCAGCGAUUGUUUCUCGGCACUUUAAAACAUGAAACCAUCUCUGCUGCCAUUUUUUUUAUAUAGUGGGUUCCUGAAAACAGCUCAACAAUUUACCUUGUGAAAGAACAAAAAGAUGGCAAGCUUAAAAUAUUGUUCCAGAGUCGGCAUUUUAAUGGUACAUAUGUAUCGCACUAGACGUAUUUUUUCCAUCUUUACAUAUCAACUCUUACUUUGUUCCUAAAAAAAAAAACAAGAAACUAUAUUGAAGUUGUGCCACAGAAGUUAACAGCUUAAGAUCUCACAGAAAUUCCGUCUGUGAUUCCAUUCUCUGCUGCUCAUUCGCUGCCACCUGAUAGAAGGAAGUAACUAUCUGUAAUUAAGUUCCUUGCGCGAUGUCUUAGCUCCUGCUGUGAUUGCGAGUGUGUGAGUGUGUGUGUGCGUGUGUGCCGUGUGUGCGGCGCUCCGCCUGGACCAUAGAACAAAAACGAAAAGCUUUUCAGAGUAAAAUAUGUAAACAUCACGUCCAACGAUGAGAUGCUUGAAUCUUGGAUAUUUACAGUAACGUCAGCAAACAAGAAUCAGUUGAUCACGAAGUGUUACGACGAAGCAAAACUGUGCCAAGUAUCAGCUCCCUUACUGGUUGAUGUUUCACGUGCCGUCUUUUUUUCUUUCCUGUCACCCCAUGAAGCGUCAAAUAAAAUUACAACCUACAUUAU